GGCGGCUGGGAAUCUAUCACUUACCCUAAGGGAACUGGUGCAAACCUCCAUGAGUAUCCCAAGGGUACUGGAGAGAACCUUCACGAAUACAACGCCCCUCCCGGUGGCUGGGGAUCCGUCGAUUACUCCAAGGGCGGUGCUGCACCUGCCAAAUGCCCCGAGGCUCCCAAGAUGGCCGGCUCUCCCUUCACAUUCACCUCCUACUACGAGGUCAAGGCCACCCCCGAUCAAGUGGUCAACGGUACGACUCCCACUGGCGGUCUUGCCGGUGCUUCAGGCCUCUUCAAGAUCGGCAUCAACAGCGAGUUGAACCUGAUCUGCUACAACAUUGAGAUCUACAACUUCCGCGGCGACUACUCAUCUCCCGCCGCCACAGCCACACACAUCCACGAGGCUGCCAAGGGUGCCUCUGGUCCUCCCAGAAUUGCCUUCCCCAACCCCGUCGAUGUUGGCAAUGGUGUUCGCCGCAGCGUAGGCUGCCAGCAGGGUCCCUUCAAGACUGGCUUGUUGGCCAACGGAAAGGACACGGCUGACGGCUUCCACAUCAGCCAGAUCGAGAAGAACCCCGCUGGCUUCUUCGCCGACACUCACUCGAGCUUGGCUGUUCCCGGAGCUGUUCGUGGUCAGCUUGCUUAA